UGCGAUGGAGGAGGAGUCAAAGGAGGAAAAAGACCUGAAGCUUCUUCCUCCUACGUAAAAUUAAUUGUCGUCUGCAUUCGCUUUCACAAUUUUACUUUCACAGUUUUGGUCCGAUUUAUAGACUGCAAUUAGAAAUGUGAUUGAUGUAUGACAGGGGUCAUUAACACCGACUCCGGUGAACCCACCUAAAAUACAUGUAUAUCCAAAUGAAAUUUAUGGUAAGUGAACACUUUCUUGUCACUGCUGUUGAGUAUGAACAAGUUGCUUCGGGAGAUGCGUUCAAAGGUUAAGGAGAUGACAUCAAGCUUGGAUUUCGAUAUUCAAGGAGAAGGGACCAAUGACUCGGUUUGGGAUCUACCAGGGAUGCGUGCAAGUGAUUACCAUAUGAGAAAACGAGGCGCAAAACGUGAAGGACCAAGCUCACCAUCAGAUUCAGGCGCAAGUUCUACUACAGAAGAUUCCGUUGAAUCACGGCGUGCGAAGUGUGCUCGUAAAAGCUCACGGCGGAGAAAAGUGCUCAGCGCUCGAGAGCGUAACAUGCGACGUUUAGAAAGUAACGAACGCGAACGGAUGCGUAUGCAUUCGUUGAACGAUGCAUUUCAAGAGUUGCGUGAAGUGAUACCUCACGUAAAUCUUGAUAGGAAAUUGUCUAAAAUCGAAACAUUGACGCUAGCAAAAAAUUAUAUAAAAGCAUUAACUAAUGUGAUAUGUGAAAUGCGGGGGGAGCCCACGCCGUAUAAAUUCGAAUUUAUUUCAGAUGAGAAUGAUGUUACAGCAUGUGAACAUACGAGCACUCACAACAAAGACACGUGCGAGUCUUGUAUCAAAAGAGCUAAGCAGAAAAAAGAAAAAACAAGUACGAUAAAAGAACAAGAUUCGGAGGGUAUAAGCAUUUCGCAUAACGAGGAAGAGGAAGUGAAUAAAGAAAAAAGUAAUCUAUGUCUUUGCUGAAAGCUUGAUUAACAGAAAUAGAAAUAUUUAUGAAUAAAAAAUGUAUAUAAUUACAAAUAUAGAUGUGGGUAUGCGUAUGCAUAUAUCUGUACAUAAACGUGCA